AUGCGGAAGGAAGCCAGGAGCGUGUCAGACCCGGGCAGCUCCGAGAGACCCCCGUGGAGAGAGGAGGUGGACGGCUGCAAUCUCACCACCGUGAUUCACUUUAUCCUCACGGGGCUCUCUGACCUCCCUGAGGUGAACUAUCCUCUCUUUGUGGUCUUUGCCAUCACCUACCAGGUCACUUUGGUGGGAAUCGGGGCCAUUCUCUUGGCCAUCGAGACUGAAAAAUACACUCACGUAUUCACGUAUUACUUUCUGGCCAAUCUGUCCCUCUUAGACAUAUUCUGCCCAUCAGCUACUGUCCCCAAGAUGCUGGACAACCUCUUGAAUGGGGAUCACAGCAUUUCCUUCCUGGGCUGUGCUUUGCAGUUAUACUUCUUGAUAACAAUAGUAGGGACUGAGGUCUUUCUUCUCAGUGUCAUGGCUUAUGACCGGUACAUGGCCAUCUGCUUCCCCCUCCGUUAUACCCUCAUCAUGACCAAGGCUCACUGUGCCCAGCUGGAAGCUGGGACCUGGGCAGCAGGGUUUCUCAAUUUCCUCCUCUGCACUGUGUCCACCUUCCACCUGUCUUUCUGCAAGUCCAAUUGGGUUAACCAGUACUACUGUGACAUCCCUCCACUGGUGGCCCCCUCCUGCUAAUCCAAAUCCAUGAUAGACAUGCUCAUAUUACUGGAAAGGGGGAUUUUGGAGAUUGGUGCCUUCCUGACCCCCUUUAUCUCUUAUAUCUACAUUAUAUCUGCCAUCCUGAAAAUCCGGCUGGUGGAAGGGAAGCACAAAGCCUUCUCCACAUGUGCCUCCCACCUCCUGGUGGUCUGUUUGUUCAGUGGCACACCUAUAUUCACCUUCAUGCAACCCUCCUCCGGUCAACACUCUCAAGCCAGACACACACUCAUCUCCAUGUUCUACGGGGUUAUCACCCCAAUGCUAAACCCCUUGAUCUACAGCUUGAGGAACACAGAGGUUAAAGGGGCACUCAGCAGGGUCUUAUGUCACUGA